CUUUUUUUGAUGAACUCGCCAUGGCCACCUUUGACGAUGCAUUGACACACUUCAGCAACCUGCUUCACUGUCCACUAUGUGAAAACGAACUGCAGUCCACACAUACGGUCAAGGAGUGCGGCCAUCACUUUUGCGAGUAUGGCAGCCUGCUACAGCAAAUGAUCAGAGAUUGGAAACACACGUUCGCCGACAAUUAAUCGUCGCACCUUCACCCGUUUUUAACAGGGAAUGCAUUUAUCCCAUACUGG